ACGGCGGGGGCACGGCUGAGUUGUGGUUCUGCUCGGGACGCCGGGGUCAGCCGGCUGUGCCGUGUGUCGGUACCCGCGUUAGAGCGCGGUGGGAUGCGGGUGCGUUUGGUGCUGCUGAGUGUUAGCCCUGGGGAGCGAAUCAGAAAGGCGCUUGUGACAGUGCAGGACUCGCCAUUCUCUUUCCUGUUGAAGAACAGCAACAUAGAUAAAGAGUCUGAUACAAGAAGACUUAUUCCCCUUCCUGAACAGGAGAAGAAUGGAUGCUCCAACAAUGUUCGAUCAAAUUGAGAGGCUUCUGAGACAGAUGGAAAUGUUCAGCCCAGAGAAAAGAAGAUGUGGGGUUGGAAAUCUCUUCAGUGUGUGCAGUUAUCUGAAGGGAGAGUGCACAGAGGAUGGAGCUGUGCUCCUUUCACUGGAGGCCAGUGACAGAACAAGAUGCCAAAGGUGGAACGAAGCUUUUCCAGUAUGUUGUAGAAGACGUUGCCCAGACAAUACAGUUCCUAUAGGCAAUGCUGAAGAUGGAUCCGCCUUUCUAUGUUCAUCUUUGGAGACGCGGCCGCACCGCGACGUGCUGAACAGCGGCGAGAUCCGCGUCGUGCCCCUCUCGGAGCUGCGGAGCUUGCAAGUUGGCCCGAAGCUUUUCCAGUAUGUUGUAAAAGUCGUUGCCCAGACCGUGCAGUUGCUGUACACAAUGCUGAAGAUGGAUCCGCCGUCCUAUGUUCUUCUUCAGAAUCCUCCAGGUUUGCCCAGUAUAGCUGUUGCCUGGGUUGCCUGUCUUUUCUGGAGAAGCAAACUGAUAAUUGAUUGGCACAAUUAUGGAUACACUAUAAUGAGUCUGAAUCAUGGAAGGAAUCACCCGCUAGUGCGCAUUGCAGAAUGGUACGAGAAGCUUUUUGGGCGUUUGUCUGACUAUAACUUGUGUGUCACUAAUGCCAUGAAAGAAGAUCUGUGGGUGAAUUGCAACAUCAAGGCAGUAACGCUGUAUGACAGGCCAGCUUCUUAUUUUAAGGAAACGCCAUUAGAACUUCAGCAUCAGUUGUACAUGAAACUUGCCAAAGACUAUGAACCAUUUAAGCCACAGCAUGUUCCAGAGUCUGUCAGUUGGAAAGCUGAGAGGUCUGCCUUUACAGAGAGGGAUGAGAAGAAUGGGGAUGUGACAAAAACCAGAGGCCGGCCGGCUCUUCUCAUCAGCAGCACAAGCUGGACGGAGGAUGAAGACUUUUCAGUCCUUCUGAAAGCAUUAGAAGAUUAUGAGCGCUAUAUCAAUGAGGGAGUCCAGCUUCCAGCUUUAGUAUGUGUGAUAACAGGCAAAGGACCACUAAAGGAGUACUACAACGGCCUGAUAGAGAAACUGCACUUUAAACAUAUCCAGAUCUGUACGCCCUGGCUGGAAGCUGAGGAUUACCCCCUUUUGCUUGGCUCAGCAGACCUGGGCGUGUGCCUCCAUAAAUCAUCCAGUGGUUUGGAUUUACCUAUGAAGGUGGUAGAUAUGUUUGGCUGUUGCUUACCUGUAUGUGCAAUAUAUUUUGAAUGUUUACACGAACUUGUGAAACACAAUGAAAAUGGGCUGAUAUUCAGGGAUGCAAAUGAACUUGCAGAACAACUGAAGAUGCUUUUCUUGGAAUUUCCCACCCUGGAAGGCAAACUCCACGAUUUCAGGAGAAACCUUCGUGCAUCCAAGCAGCUGAGCUGGGAUGAGAGUUGGGACCAGACUGUUCUUCCUCUCCUUAGCCAGAAUGAAUGACUUUCUUGAGGGGUAUUGUGUCAAAAAAGCUAUCACAUGUAUGCACGUCCAGGACUGUCUGAAGCAGUGAAUAAACCCUUUGUAUUGUUUACA